CAACUUGAAAUUAUAUGGUGGACACUGUUGCUUAAAAUAAUUGAUCUCAUUGAAACCAUAAUAUUUGUAUUGAGGAAAAAAGAUCGUCAGGUCUCAUUUUUGCACACGUACCAUCAUAUUUCCACGGUUAUCUAUGCUUGGACGACGCUCAGAUACUCUCCGCACAGUUUCCUCAUGACUAUCAUCGCACUCAAUUGUUCUAUACACGUGAUAAUGUAUUCCUAUUAUUGUCUGAGCACUUUUGGAUCAAAUAUGCAACGAAUACUUCUACCAUUCAAGAAGUGGAUUACUCUUAUACAAAUGGCACAAAUAGCAUUCAUAACGGUGGGCAGUUCGCAAGGUUUCAUACUUAACUGCGGUAAUAUGAGUGUGAAAUAUUUUUCUGUCGCGACAUUUCUUAAUGGCAUUGUAAACUUGUCAUUGUUUUCCAAUUUUUAUAAUUCUUAUAAGAAAUCGAAAACCUGA